GCCGCGGGCGGCGCAAGAUGGCGGCCGGCGGCGGCGGUUGUGAGGGAGAAGCAAUGGCGGCGGUGGCGGCGGCGGCGGCGGGCGGUCCGUGCCCCGGCUGGUCCGAGCGGCUUCGGGCCGGGCUGUCGGGGUCCGGGGCCUUUCUGUGCCUCGUGUCCGGCCUGGGGCUGCUGUACGCGCUGCGGGCCCCGCUGAAACUGGCGGACAACCUGACGGCCGUUUCGGUGUUUUUAAACUCUUUGACUCCAAAAUUCUACGUUGCCCUGACAGGAACUUCAUCUCUUAUAUCCGGACUCAUAUUUAUAUUUGAGUGGUGGUACUUCCGAAAGUACGGCACAUCAUUUAUCGAGCAAGUGUCCGUGAGCCAUUUGCGGCCACUAAUGGGAGGGACAGAGAACGGAACCCCAUCCCCGGGUACUCUCCCCAGCAGCGGAGAGGCCGAAACCACGAGGCAGAGUUUGUCAGAAUGCAAAGUAUGGAGAAACCCUCUAAAUCUUUUCAGAGGAGCGGAAUAUAGGAGGUACACGUGGGUGACUGGUAAGGAGCCACUUACAUACUAUGACAUGAACUUAUCAGCACAGGACCAUCAGACUUUUUUCACAUGUGACACUGACUCUCUCCGCCCUUCAGACACAGUUAUGCAGAAGGCAUGGCGAGAGAGAAAUCCUCCAGCCCGAAUCAAAGCAGCCUAUCAAGCACUAGAAUUAAACAAUGAUUGCGCCACUGCAUAUGUUCUACUGGCUGAGGAGGAGGCAACAACUAUUGUAGAUGCUGAGAAGUUAUUUAAACAGGCACUCAAAGCAGGAGAAAUAAUUUACAGAAGGUCACAGCAGUACCAGCAUCAGAGUCCUCAACAUGAAGCCCAGCUUAGGAGAGACACCAAUGUUUUAGUUUACAUUAAAAGGAGGCUGGCAAUGUGUGCAAGAAAAUUAGGACGAAUAAAAGAAGCAGUCAAAAUAAUGAGAGAUUUGAUGAAAGAAUUUCCUCCUCUUAGUAUGUUGAAUAUCCAUGAAAAUCUUCUAGAAUCGCUCCUGGAAUUACAAGCCUAUGCUGAUGUGCAGGCAGUUUUAGCAAAGUACGAUGAUAUCAGCCUCCCAAAGUCAGCAGCGAUUUGUUAUACAGCCGCACUUUUAAAGACCAGGACUGUUUCAGAUAGGUUUUCUCCAGAAACAGCCUCUAGAAGAGGGUUGAGUACAGCAGAAAUUAAUGCCGUGGAAGCAAUUCACAGAGCAGUGGAAUUCAACCCUCAUGUUCCAAAAUACUUACUAGAAAUGAAGAGUUUAAUUUUACCUCCUGAGCACAUCCUCAAGAGAGGGGACAGUGAGGCAGUGGCGUAUGCUUUCUUUCAUCUCCAGCAUUGGAAGCGAAUAGAAGGUGCCCUUAAUCUGUUGCAGUGUACGUGGGAAGGCACCUUUAGAAUGAUCCCAUACCCAUUAGAAAAGGGUCAUCUAUUCUACCCCUAUCCCAGCUGCACAGAGACAGCUGACAGAGAGCUAUUACCAACAUUCCAUCAUGUUUCUGUGUAUCCAAAGAAGGAGCUUCCUUUUUUCAUCCACUUCACAGCAGGACUGUGCUCCUUUACAGCAAUGCUUGCCCUUCUAACACACCAGUUUCCUGAACUCAUGGGCAUUUUGGCUAAAGCUGUAAGUAUGGUGUCAAGGACUUGCUUGGAGUAUUUGUGAGGCGUUCAGGAAACUGUCUCUGACCUGUCUAUGCAAACAGAUUGAGAUGUGGAAAAUGUGCAUUUAGAGUAAAUGAUGUGUAAUGUAUUGUAAAGCUGCUGCCACAGAGCUGUCAAACUUAAGUCUUUGGUGGUUUGAACUCCAGUUCUGUCACUUAAAAAAAAAAAGUUAAAGUAUGCAAUGGUGUAACAUUAUAAAGUUGUUCCCUGAAGAUCGCUCUUGGUAGUAACACAGGGCUCAUUACUAAGAGCACUCCAACUUUUCUUGGCUUGCUUACCAUUAUUGUAUGUUUUAUUUGGCAUUUUUUUAAAGUUCCAUAUUUUAUGAA